GUGGGGACAGCGGCUUCAGCUGCUCCAGGGAGCCGAGGUGGGUGCGGGCCGGGGCCCGCAGGCCGGGCCGUCACGGGGACCCCGGCCCCGGGCUGCCCUCAGCCCCGCCCUGGGGCGACGCCCCCCGCGCCCCCGCCCCGUGCAGCCCCGGGCGUCUCCGGCGCAGCGCUGUGGGUGUCUCGUGCGCACCUCCCCAGCUCCCCAUCGCGUGGAUGCGGGCCGGGCGGCACCGACAUGCAGGGCCAGCGGCAGCGGGGGCCAGGGCCUGGCCAGACGCCCCCUCCGAGCAGGUGUCCGAGCGACCUCGCCCAGGAAGCAGGCGACAUUUCCCUGUGCCCGGCUUCUAAAGACAGCGGUGCGAGCAAGGCGCCCGGGGGACGAAGAGGUGCUGGCCCGGAGCAGAUCUCCGGGGGCGGGGAGGGCUUUUCGACCUGCCCCGCUGGCGGCCCGGACCCCGGGGAGCAUAACAGCACCUGGGGAGAGUUUGAAGGCUUUCAAGAAUCUUCGUCCAAUUCUGAACAGUUCUUCCCAAACUUUGAACGCCCGGAGAGACCCCCACAUCCUUGGCGGCAGACAGCGGCUUCUACCCAAAAGGAGCGCGGUUCUCGCCAGCCUCCCCAGGGCGGGCCUGGGGUGCUGGGAAACGCCGGCAGCUCACCUUAUGAGCUUCCGCGCAGCUAUGAGGACGUGUUCAGGUUUGUUUUUCAAGAGGUGCCAGCCGAGCAGGCAACUGAAGGCGUCUCCCCGUUAGACCGCAUCUUAGAGCCGCCUGGCUGUGAACCUGGGCCUCCACUGUGUUCUGAAUCUAGAAAACUCUGGAGAGCCCUUCAGAACACAAACAGCACGUCGGCCUCUCGCUGUCUCUGGAGCGAGUCCCGUUGCCAGGAAAACCUCUUCCUUGUUCUCGGAAUAGAUGCUGCUCGGAAGGUGAGUCAGGUGUCCACGGGGCUCCUGAGGGUGCAGCUGGACUCCACAGCGACUUUGCCGGCCACCCUGAGGCUGCAAGGAGCCAUCUGUGCGGACAGCAUGAGGAACCUUUCUGGAGACCCGGGUCACAUUCUGGAAUGUUCUGACCUCAAAGAGCCUGAAGAACUGGGUGUGCCCACCUUCCGUCUGCAGCCCUGCAGAGCCCUGAUCCAGACCAAGCUCUCAGGGACGUCCGGCGGCAGACAGGGGAGCCUGCUGGCAUGCAGCCUCUUUCUGAAGACCCCCUUAUGCAGAAAUGGACAGCAAAUCACAGUUCCGUGGAAAAAGAAGAUUUUCAAUCCUCGUAACCUAAAAAUGACCUUGUUUAAUAGUGACAUUUGCUAAAACGGGAGUACUUUGUAUUUUUAUGAGGAGUUUUACAUUUUCUUACUGGCUUGGUUUGGUCCUGGAAACCGGAACUAUUUUGCGGGCAUGUUCCUGGGGAUGCCCUGUGCAAACCCGUCGUGCACCCAGUGGUGCGCGUCAGGGUCUGACCACUUUAGAGGAAGAGCGCGUCCUUUGGCAGAGCCGCUCGCAACAGGAAGGAGCUGCCCAGGGUCCCCAGCAGCUCCGCCCCAGCCUGACAUGAAGCAAAGUGGCACUGGGGGCCCUCUGCCCGGUGUAGGUGCUGCCGGCCCCUGGGGGCGCCCGGGGAGGGACCCCAGGCCUGGCUGCCCGCGUGGCCCCGCCAGGGCACACCCGGGUAGCCUGGCUCUCCACUGGGACUGUGCACAGGAGGCAGCGUCCACACGCUCAGGGAGACCAGACCACGUUACUGUCACACCUGGGGGAGAGUGAAGGCCCCGGGAGCACUUACCCGCACAAUGCCCGUCCACUGGCCCAACUCUGCGCCCGGCCCUCCCCUCUGACUCCAAGCAACCUUUCUCUGCUUCUGGCAGAGGCACUGAUUUUUGUAAAAUUUUAUUAAAUAAAAUGGCCCAGACAAGCCCAUGUUCCUGCUGUCUCAGCUGCUCUCUGCAGACCAUUGCCAGAAGCCCCUUCCCCAAGCCCCUAGCCCGUUGGGAGCCCACGGGUGGGGGCUGGCCUCGGAUGCUGCAUCAACCCCGGUGUCAGACCAAACAGUGACACGGUGACCAGCAGAUGUCGCCUGUCACAGGGAGAAGGGUGCUGGCUGCCACUCUCCACCAGAAUGCAGGUGUCUUUGAGGCUUAUGUGAAGAGGUAAUCACUUUUUUUAGUGCUGUAUGUUUGGGAAAUCUGCCCUAAUUUUUCAUUUUCAGCCAGAAAGACAUGGAAAUUUGGAAACUGCUAUUCCGCCAUGCCUCUUUCACCAAAGGGCAGCGUCUGCCCUGGGGUCUCCUGGGGCCCCGCCAGCAGAGACCCGCUGGGAUGUGCCAUCAUUUCCCAGCCUUUGGUUA